AUGGCAAAAUCAGACCAAACAGACGAUAUUAAUUUACAAAAUUUAAAAUUCGAAGAAUCGACUACAGUGACACUGGAAGCAGCUAACAGUGAGACUACAGAUCAAGCGACUAAAUCAAAGAAAAAAGCCUCAAAACCAGAAAAUUGCAACCAUGAAAAAUCUCAAUCAACUCCCGAUGUAUCUGUAAAAAAAAUUGAUUUUAAUCGAUCAUCUGAAGAAGUUGCACAAGCUUUAGAUCAAUGGUUGAGGAAGCCAUUGGCUCUAAAUAAAUUAAAACCUGAUGAAAAAAUAACACCAAAACCUGAUGUUCGAAAUAUUAUGAUAACAAGUGCUUUACCGUAUGUCAACAAUGUACCUCAUUUAGGUAAUCUUAUUGGAUCUUUAUUAAGUGCUGAUGUCUUUGCUCGGUAUUGUCGUUUGAGAAACUAUAAUACUUUAUGUCUUUGUGGUACUGAUGAAUAUGGUACAGCUACUGAAACAAAAGCAUUGGAAGAAAAAUGUACACCAAGAGAAAUUUGUGAUAAAUAUUAUGAUCUACAUACUAACAUCUAUAAAUGGUUUCAGUUAGAAUUUGAUUAUUUUGGUCGAACAUCAACACAAAAACAAACUGAAAUAGCUCAAGAUAUUUUCUGGAAAUUACAUAAACGAAAUCUUAUUUUUAAUCAAAGUGUUGAACAAUUGCAUUGUGAUACUUGUCAACGUUUUCUUGCUGAUCGUUAUGUAGCUGGUACAUGUCCAGAUCCAGCAUGCAAAUUUGUUGAUGCCCGUGGUGAUCAAUGUGAUAAAUGUGGAAAACUAAUUAAUGCUGUUGAUCUUAUUGAUCCAAAAUGCCAAAUUUGUCGCAGUACACCACAAAGAAAAACAUCGGAACAUUUAUUUCUUGAUUUACCAAAAUUAUCACCCGAAGUUCAAUCAUGGUUUCACAAAUCAAGUUCAACCGGCCAUUGGACCAAUACCGCAACUACAAUUACGGAAGCUUGGCUUAAUGAAGGUCUUAAACCACGUUGUAUCACCCGCGAUCUUAAAUGGGGAACACCAGUACCUUUGGAAGGUUACAAAGAUAAAGUAAUUG